GAUUAGUAUGGGCAGUUGAGAUAUUUGUAUUUAAAUAGCAUAGCUACGGUCAAUGUAAAUCAAUUCGAUUACGAUCUAAACACAUACUCAGUUCAAUAUAUCUCCGUUUCAUUCUUUACAUGGUAUCAGAGCAGUGACAUAGAUCCUGCGAUUUCUCGAUCAACAAUGGCUACCGACUCCAACGGCAACGAUGGCGGACGAAGGAAAAUCAAUGAUAUUUCUUCUCCGUAUUACCUAUCAAGUGCUGAUUUCCCAGGGAUGAAUAUCUGUGGGAUGGUGCUGAAGGGCGAAUCGAAUUACCGCGAGUGGUCUACGGCUAUGAAGAACGCUCUGCGGGCGAAACGGAAGGUGGGAUUCAUUGACGGUAGUAUCCCACAACCAACGACGAACACUCCGGACUCGGAAGAUUGGGUGAUUGUGAAUGCUAUGAUCGUUGGAUGGCUCAUGACGGCCACUGAUCUGGUGCUUAUUAGGUCGAAUUUGACCUACAUGGAUAGUGCCUUGAAUUUUUGGGAUGAUCUGAAAACCCGAUUUUCUGUGGCCGAUCCAAUGCGAAUAUAUGAAUUAAAGGAGGCAAUUCGGCAGUGCCGGCAGAAGGGUCAAACUGUUACGGCGUAUUUCGGAGAACUCAAAACACUUUGGGACGAUUAUGGCGGGCUCCGGGCUAUACCGCAGUGUAAGUGUAAUAGGUGUACCUGUGAUCUCAAUAAGCAAUUCCUUAGGCUUAUUGAAAUUGAGAAAACCCAUGAGUUUCUUCUAGGCCUUGAUCAUGACGGUUUCGGCGUACUGCGUUCCAAUAUCUUAAGCAAGGAUGACCUGCCGUCAAUGACCAAAGUUUACCAGGCUGUGACUCAGGAAGAGAGGACCCGUAACGUGAUUAAAGGCAGAGAAGAACGAACUGAAGUUAUGGCUUUAGCUGCAUGAACCGGAGACAGACGAGAUGAGAAGAUUAAGUGUACAUACUGCCAUAAAACUGGACACGACGUGGACAAUUGCUUCAAGAAAACUGGACGCUACCCGGAGUGGUGGUAUGAACCCCGGACGAGGAAGAGGAAGUGGCCGGGGAAAAGAAAGAAGUGGGCCUGGCCGUGGACGAGGGAAGGCAGUCGCACACGCCGCCGUGAGUGCAGAAUACGGUGCCGGGGCUUUCCGAUGAACAAUGGAAGGUAUUGCUGCAACUAGUUGAAAAAAGUAAGGCCACAUCCUCGGGAGAUAAAUUAUCAGGUAUGCCGUAUGAACUGGAUUGGCUCUUAGACUCUGGAGCCUCUGGAGCCUCUUAUCACAUGACGGGUAAAGCCGAGCUAUUUGCCAAAAUUGAUAAAUUGAAUCCAAUACCGGUUACCAUGCCAGAUGGUAAAAUUACUUAUGCCACGAGUAUGGGAGAAAUCCACAUAAGUCCCAAAAUUCGUAUGAAAAAUGUGCUUUUAGUUUCCGGAUUGAAUUGCAAUUUAAUCUCUGUUGCACGCCUGAUUGAUGACAUAGGAUGUGAGAUUUAUUUUGCUAAUGAUAUUUGUGUAAUACAGGGCCUACCUUCGAGGACGCCGAUUGGAGUGGCUAAACAGAAAGGAGGAGUUUAUUAUUUUCACUGUCUGGACAGAAUUCAAGCUCAUUCAAUCAAGGGUGUACAUUCAGGUGAAUUGUGGCAUUCAAGAUUAGGGCAUCCGUCCAAGACAGUUCUGCGUUUAGUUAGUAAAUUGGAUAAUUCAUUGUUUCCAGUUGAUUUGAAUAAUGAUUGUGAUGCGUGUUUACGUGGCAAACAAACUCGUGAUUCUUUCAAUUAUAAUUUAGCUAAAGCUGUUGAACCAUUUGAGUUGAUUCAUUGUGAUAUCUGGGGCCCGUAUA